AUGCUACCAUCAAGCUCUUCUUUAUCUCCCGAGAUGCAAAGCCGCAUGGAAUCCAUCUUGCUGAGCCGAGCCAACCAAACUUGCGCUGAUUGCCCCGCCUCGAAUCCUGAAUGGGUAUCCUUCAUCCACGAACGCAGCAGGCGAACGUUGGGUGUGCUUUGCUGCUCGCAAUGUGCACAGCAUCACCAUUUUGAACUUGGGGAUAAGCGAUGCCAUAUCAAGUACCUCAAGAUGACUCACGAAUGGGCUAUCGUUGAUAUUCAGACUCUCGAGAACACGGGCAACGCAUUUGUGAACGCUACCUACGAAGCCAACUUGACAAGCUUUGACAAGACUUUUGUACAUCCUAGCGAAGAGGUGGAAUGCACGCGACGUGCCAAAUUCAUCAAGAACAAGUACAAGAAACGCAAGUUUCGAAAAGCCGAAAGUUUUGACAGUGCUACGCAACGAAUGGCCCAUGCUCAUAGUCCUAUUCGAAGACGAGCCACGGCUCCUGGCAGGGAAGUUGCUGAGAUGCUCUCACUCUCGGAGGUUGAGGAAGACACAUCCCUAAAGAGAACCAACACAAGCGGACACUUGAGCCUCCGUGCCGCUGUCAAUGGCAAACGCCUGGCAGUGGUCCAUUCACCCAAACGAGACAUGAGGAAUCGACGUCUGAGCAAGAUCACUGCCAGUGGAAUGAUCAUGAUUGCGCUGCCUUCAGACACAAGAGGAAGACAGAGCUACAACCAAGCAGCGUAA